AUGGACCUUGAGAAUCAAAACGAUGUUCAAGGGAAUGGAGCUGCUAAUGUUCGUAAUCAAAUCUUUAUUGCUGAUGAUAGGGAUCGAGCUAUAAGGCAGAUACCGGAGGUCGAGGCGCCACAUUUUGAAUUAAAGCCUAUGAUGUUUCAGAUGCUUCAAAUGGUAGACCAAUUCAGUGAAAUGCCCACAGAAGAUCCACAUCUUCACCUUCGAUUAUUCAUGGAGGCAUAUAUUGCUAAAAAUGAUGUCUUGAUUCAAGGCCAAGCAACAACAUUGGAGAAUCUUAAAAAUCAAGUGGUACAAUUAGCUAAUGAGCUUAGAAGCAAACUCCAAGGUGUUGUACCAAGCAACAUAGAAAAUCCUCUACUAGCCGAGUCUUCUAAUAAUCUUGAGAACUUAUUAAAAGCAUGCAUGACGAAGAAUGAUGCAACUUUGAGAAAUUUGGAGAACCAGAUGGGGCAACAAUUAGGUAUUGGUAAGGCCAGACCGACUACAGUUACAGUCCAACAUAGGGAUCGAUCUUUGGCAUACCUAAGAGGAAAGAUCGAGGAUGUCUUGGUACAUGUUGAUAAAUUCAUAUUUCCUGUUGACUUUAUUAUCUUAGAUUUUGAAGCAGAUAAAAAAGUACAAAUCAUCUUAGGGCGGCCUUUCUUGGCAAUUGACAAGACAAUAAUCGAUGUACAGAAAGGUGAACUCACCGUGCCAGUUCAAGAUGAACAGGUGACCUUUAAUGUAAUCAAUGCCAUAAGAUCUUUUGAUGAGGUUAAAGAUUGUUCUACUGUCUCCAAGGAGGAUCCGCUAGUUCCUGAAAAUUUAGAAUACAGUGACCCAUUGGAAGGUAUUUCAUUUGACUUUCCACAUCAAGAUGCGGAUGAUACAUGUUUGGAAGCUAAAUAG